UGUUCACCGACCAUUACUUGUUCCUGUCUUUUUACCCAAAUUCGCAGAUCGGACAGGGGGUUUUGACACAUGCCAACGUUACAUCUGUUGACGACCCAGUGACCCCUUGUACAGCCGCAGCCAUGCCGAAAGCGAAAAGAUCAAAAGGCGGAGGUGGGGGCGACAAGAGUGGAGGAAACGUUGCGUUAGCCGACCAAAUUCUGCUCGGGGACGCGAUUCGAGUCCGUGGCCGAGCCAAGAGCAGGGACAGACGGGGGGAGGAUGAGAACGAGUACGUGGACGAACGUCUGUCGAGGAAAAUUCUGGAGCAGGCGCGAAUUCAGCAAGAGGAGCUCCAGACGGAAUAUGGCCUGGCACCGGAGACCAAGAAGACGCCGGUCACGGUUCUGGGGUCAGAUACUCAGGAUGCAGACUCUGAUGAAGAAUGGCCAGCGCUGGGAGAAGCUGGUGCUGGUUAUGAGGAUGCGGGCUGUGAAAAAGAUGUCGUGGUGAACCCAGAGGAUGAGAAGGCCAUUGAAAUGUUCAUGAAUAAAAACCCUCCCAUGAGGCGGACCUUAGCAGACAUUAUCAUGGAGAAGAUCACAGAGAAGCAGACUGAGGUAGGAACAGUGAUGUCAGAGGUGUCUGGAAAACCAAUGCCCCAAUUAGACCCAAGGGUCAUUGAAGUAUACAGAGGCGUCCACAAGGUCCUGUCAAAAUAUCGCAGUGGUAAACUGCCAAAGGCUUUUAAGAUUAUCCCGGCUCUAUCAAACUGGGAGCAGGUUCUGUAUUUGACUGAGCCUGAGACCUGGACUGCAGCUGCCAUGUACCAAGCAACAAGAAUCUUCUCAUCCAACCUGAAAGAGCGAAUGGCCCAGCGCUUUUAUAAUUUGGUGCUGCUGCCCCGGAUAAGAGAUGAUAUUGCAGAAUACAAACGACUGAACUUCCAUCUUUACAAUGCCCUCAAGAAGGCCUUGUUUAAACCAGCGGCAUGGUUUAAAGGCAUACUGAUCCCGCUCUGUGAAUCUGGGACGUGCACCCUCAGAGAGGCCAUCAUCGUCGGCAGCAUACUCACAAGAUGCUCAAUCCCCGUGCUCCACUCCAGUGCCGCGAUGCUUAAAUUAGCAGAGAUGGAGUACAAUGGCGCCAAUAGCAUUUUCCUGCGUCUCUUACUGGACAAGAAAUAUGCCCUGCCAUUCCGCGUCUUGGAUGCACUGGUGGCUCACUUCCUGUCUUUCCGCAGUGAGAAACGCAUCCUUCCUGUUCUGUGGCACCAGAGUCUACUUACUCUGGCCCAGCGCUACAAAGCUGACCUGGCCUCUGAGCAGAAGACCGCUCUGCUGGAGCUGCUCAAGCUUCAGACGCAUCCGCAGAUUUCUGCAGAGAUCCGUCGCGAACUACAGAACUCUGAGUCGCGCGACACCGAAUCGACCCUUCCUGUUUCGAUGCCUAUGGACUGAGUACUUAGUAAUACACAAUAUCUUAAUUUUGAUGCAAACACCUACGAUUUGUCCUGCAGACCAAGGGCUGUGUAGACAUUUUUAAGAAAUCUACCCAUCUUCAUUUUGUUGGUACUCCCUGUCGAAGCAGUCGAGGAUGGCAGGUAUUCAUUACAACACCCGUUUUCUGGUUCUCAGUGUGGGUGAGAUGACCUCUUCAGUAAAGCAAAUGAAGAGCAAAAAUGGUGUACAUCUUUCAUUCUGUGACGCGCUGAACUAUUUUGAUGCUACUGUUUGGAUGCGUUUCACAUGUUCCCCAAUUGAGCACACAUGACAAUUGAUGUUUUUUGCAUGCAAUUUGACUCAUGAACGACUAAAUCCUUGUGGUGCAACAAAUGAACGGUAUUUGGAUAUAAAAGAUGUGUUCAAGCAGCUGUGUUGAGAGACGUUUUUCCAAUCCGUUGGUUGUAAUUUGGGGCCUGUCAUUGAUGGUUUCAUACUACCACCGUCUGGACAAAUUAACGGCGCCCCCCUGGGGUCAGCUGAGGGGGAAAAAACAGACCCAUGUGUAAAUCUCUACCCCCGUUUUCGAAAGUUGUGUGCACGGCUUAUAAACCGUGGUCUUGGAUUCCUAAUCCGUGCCCGCAGGUUUGUAAACUCUGCACCCGGGUUUGCAAUCCGUGCAUUCAUUCACAGACUCGAAUCUACCAGAUUGAACCCUAACCCUAACUGCAGUAAAAGUCUUUGCACUAUCAACACUAUGUCAAAUUAAAAUUAGGUGAAUGACAGUAAAUAACUCUACAAAUCAGGAUAUUUCAAGCAAAACAUACAACCCUGUUUGACACGUUACUCACAUAGGGUCACUGAACAGCGCCAUCUUGGCUAGUUACAACAUGGUUGAGCUACCCUGUCAGUUUUGAAAUGAUACGACAGUCCGUUGAAAUCUCCAUUGACUUCAAAUUCGUCCGGUGCAGGACGAAAAAAGUUAAACCAUCAUCCACUGGUGGACGAUUCAAUAGAUUAAUUUUCGUUAAUAUCAGAACGAAAUCUUGUGAUAUCAUGGGUCUCUAUGUCUGGCCAGCUGAGAGUGCAGGGAGCGUCUAAAAAGUGCAACACCAAAAAGAUAUGCUGCAAAAACGUUAAAUAACGUCACGGUGUAGUGUCCCUGAAGUCAUGUCACACAUCAGUUGUCUCUUGUUGGUUAUACUACUAUACUCAGCUUGGAAAAGUGUGCGUUUGUAUAAUUUUUUCUGUAUGAGUGAAGUUAUUGAAUAUUCUUUUCCAAUAAAAUUCCCCAAAAUUACGCAAAAGCCCAUUUUUCUGAACUGAGUGUUCAGAGGAGUGUUUUUUAGGGGACACUACAAUGUAUAAUACUGAAGUUACUGAAUAUUUUUUACUAUCUCUUGUUGGUGUUUGGCCUUCUUAGAUGCUCCCUGCGCACCGGUCUCACAGGUCGUUUGUUCAACUUGGAGGACGGCUCCUUUUGGUGACAGUUAGGUUGUAGCUCGUUGUCUGUUUUACUACGGAUUCCUAAUUCCAGGCUGCAGAUUACAAAUCCAUGUGGAUUAUUAAUUUAUUGGUAACACUAUAUACUACACAAAUGAAGCAUUAGUUAAGUAUUGGUAACUACUGAAGUCAUGCUUUGUAAGGCUUUUGUAAAGCAAGACAUGCAGCAGUGGUUAGUGUGGUAAUAGAUGUUUUAGAAAUACUUAUUAAUACUGCAAUUCAUGAUUGUACAUCUAAAUAGUUUGUUAAUCAUGUACUUACACUUUCUAAAGAAUUUUAUGAUCCUCUAGACUUUUGUGAGUCUCAGGGUACUGCUGGCCUUUCGGUCUCAUUUGUAAAUGCUUUGUAAGGCAUAGAUAGUCCCCACUUUAUACAAAAUACUUAACAACUAGUAACUACCUGAAUUAAUCAUGGACUGCAGUAGUAAUAAGUAUUUAUAAAACAUCUAUUAACACACUCACUAACCACUGGUGCAUGUCUUUGCUUACUAAUGCUUUACAAAUGAUGAAUUCAGUAGUUACUAAUACUUAACUAAUGCUUCAUUUAUGUAGUUGUUAUAAAGUGUUACCAAUUUAUUAAUUCUAGGGCACGGAUUAUGAGUCCGAGAGCACCGUGCGCACAAAUUGCUAAGCCGAGUAUUGGGGGGGUGCUCUGUAUAAAUUCAAUAAAAUGUGUUUCUUCUGUUGA